GGCCGUCGUUGUUAUGCUAGCGGCAUAUUCUGUGAGUGGUGAGACUUCCUGCAUCACAGGGUGCACAUGUGAACUUGACCGUAUCUUUUGUUUUGAACUGACUGCGUUACCUCAACCCUUCAAAACAUCGGCCCGAAGAGUGGAGAUAUAUUUGUCAUUACUACCCGAGAUACCAUCAAACGCCUUCAAGGAUGCUCCAAAUGUUGAGUACUUCCACUUCCGCCAGGUCAGCAUAGGCGUUAUCAAGCCAUGCGCAUUCCCUUCCUCAGGAACAGACAUUAACUUUGAUCUUUGUGAGAUUGGCACCAUUGAAGCAAACGCAUUUAACAACAUACACGGCUCCGGUAGAAUGGACUUCAGCUUGUCUUCUUCAACCAUCAGCAGGAUUGAGUCUUUCGCCUUCACAAACGUCCAAGGAUUCAAGGUGUUCCAGAUUCACUCAAUAGAAGUUGAACUCAUCCAAUCGUUUGCCAUGUAUAAGUUCAGCGAUAUUGAUACGUUCAUGAUGUUUGAUAUGAACGUCACUGAAAUGCAAAGUUCUGCAAUUGACGAUUUUACGAAUGUUACAACCAUGGACAUUUACCAUGCCACGUUUAAUUACCUUGAAUGUAAUACUGUCGAAAAGCUUCGAUCACAGAUGGGGAAGAACUUCAGCUUUCAUAGCUUCCUUGUAAACUGCGACUGUGGUUUGGUGUGGCUUCUUGAAGCUAGUCAGAGAGAUUCUGAAUUGAAACUUGAAGACGUAAUGUGCUACAAGCCAGCGUCACUGCACCAUGUCCAUCUAAAAAAUCUCACCACAACAGAUCUGUGUAGUAGCUUGUCCGUACCCAAUUGUCAGAACCUUUCUCCCACGCCACCCAAGUCCUGUAUAUCGGAAGUUAAUGCUGGAAACACAUUGGUGUCCAAUGUGUUCAUCAUAUAUCUGAUGUGUUAUUCCGUCAGUAUGUUAGCUCAGUGA